CCUGGGGAACAUGCGCGUGAAAUUCCCCAGUCUGCGCCUGUUGAGAAUAUUGAGCCCAGUCUGGUCUAGGUGUACAUGUACAUAAUAUAGACCAGUUCUUAGAUAUAUCAAAAGAAUUUACAGUAAUAAACCUCGAUCAAUUAUUCAAAGAGUUCUUACCGUCAGUCUGUGAGCCUCUGGUCGUGACCACUCUCUGGGUUUCUGUACGUACUUUCUCCGGGACGUUUGUAUUACUUUGACCAAACAUUCACUGCUGCUUUCACACGAACUCAAAGUAUACGGAAGUUGCCUCUUUUGGAUAAUGUGUUAAAUUGAAAUAAACAGAUGCGGCAGCGAAUUUAUGGAAUUAUUUAGUUUCGAACUGCGACAAAGGGCGUGCGCCUGGAUUAUUAAUGGACGAAUCGGGCAGAAGAUUGGAUGCACUACAACGCGGGGUGCGCGGCAAUCUCCAGGCGACACAACGUGUGUAUUUGGAUGUAAUGAAAUUUGGAAGGUGACUCCGCUAUUUGUAAUUAAGUGUUAGUUGUCUUUACAAUUAUCAUUUAACAUUUGUCGCAGGUUUAUAAACUUUUGUGAAAUUCAACACCCUUUCUACUCGUGGGAAUGUUUUCCGAUGUUGGAAAUUGCGCGAUGUCCUCUGAAUGAAGCCACAUGUUUCUUAUUAGCCGUCAAGUGCCGCAGUCUUGAAAGUUUCACCAAAACAUUAUUUUCAGACGGUGGUUUUUAAUAAUUUGGAAUGGCUGAAUUUAAUGAAGUAUUUGAGCCUCUAAAGAAAAGUACAAACCAUAAGAAGAAAUACAGCACCACUUCCAAUGAUACCUCACAGAGAGUUAGGCGGAUCCACGUCCGCGCUGCGCGGAGGAAGAAGGACCGCUGCUUUCAUUAUUUGGCGGGGGUCCUACACUGCUAUAAUGUCUUUCUGUUGGUCCUGGGAUCUGGAGUGGUUGGAUCGGGGAUAUGGCUGCUGGUAAAGGAUUACAAUGCCCGGGAGCUGUCCGCCCUCUUCAACAUUUUUCAUCUGGAAUACAUGGCCUACUUUCUGACCUGCGGGGGCGGGGCCGUGUUCAUCCUCGCCUUUUGUGGAUGUUGUGGGACGAUGAAGAAAGAGAAGUUUGUUCUUGGAUUUUAUGGUGGAGUGCUGACGUUGGUACUAGCCUUGCUGGUUGGUGGGAGUGUAAUGGGAUUUAUUCUAAAAGGAAAACUUGAUGAAGACAUUAAGAUGCAGUUUCAGUAUACACUGGAGAGACAGUAUGGCGUUGAUCUAAACAAAAAUUCAGCAAAUAAUCUUAUAACAGACGCCUGGGACGCCAUGCAGAGAACGCUCAAAUGCUGCGGUGCGUAUGGAGACAAAGAUUCACAAACGUCCUGGGCAUUUUAUAGAAACACAGAUUGGUACAUAAAGCGCCCGACCCAUAUAAUGUAUCCAUUUGUACCCAAGAGCUGCUGUGUUCCUGGGAUGAGCGUAUUUGACUGUCAGGGAAUCAGGAACGAAUUUAACGGUUACCCCGUGAGGGCACCCCCGCCCGCCAGGGGUACAGUGGAGAACCCUAGCUUGUAUAAGGAGGGCUGUUACGAUAAGGCGUUGGAGUAUAUCAAACAACACUCCUUAUACAUUACAAUAGGAUGUGCUACUGUGCCAUUGCUUUUGUUGGUUGGAAUCGUUGUUUCGUGUUAUAUGUGCUGUAUCGUUAAAAAUGACGACGAUGAUGAAGAUGAAGACGAGGAAAAUGAGGCACAUGUUUGAUGACAUUGUCAUUAAUUAAUCAUUCCGUCCGGGGUCGUGACCUCUUUAUCUAGUCUUCCAAGGUAAAGGACAAAGUGCCUAAAUGAUACUGCAUUCAAUGUGACAGAGUUGGUAAAGGAUAUAAUCCUUCCUUUGACAGAAUGCAUAUGAGGAAUUUUGUCUGACGAUGGGUUUAAUCAUUAAAAUAAUGACCGCUGUCAUUGUCUCGUUGUCAUGGGAAUAAUAAUGUGUUCACAAAUUUGUGAAGUCCAUUUGUGUUAAACUAUCGUCGGCAAACAUUCCACUGGUCAUCAACUCAUAAGAACAUCGGAGUGUCGCUAGGGACAGUCUAUGUUUCUGCUGCCCAGUGACGCUCAUGGAAAAGCUAAAAUGUUUCGGACGGGAGCUCGCGUGAUUGGUUGUAUUUAUUACACAUACCAAAAGAUAUCAAAUUGUCCUCUGAGAAUCUGUGGCAGAACAUUGGCGGGAAUCAUUCACGAGGCAUUUAUAUAAGGAAUGGAUAAUGCAUUUUACGGAAUGAAUAAGUAUGGAGUAGAGACUUUGGGCAUGCAAAUAAAAUUGCUUAUGCAAUAGGACUAUAUUAGACUCCGGUUCUGGAGUCGCUGUUUGUACACGUCACUGUUAAGGCGAUCACUGAGUGAUUCGAUAUACUCCACGGUGCCAUCAUUUAGAAGAUAAAAUAAUUAACAUCAUUGUUUAUUAUGUUGUGGGUUUCCAGAUAUUCCUGAAUUUAUCUGCAGGAUUGAGCUAAUUUUGAUUAAUUUCUUUUUGUGGUAAUUUUUUUUUCAACAAGAUUUCUUUAGGUUUUAAAGACAAAUUCGCCAUGUUGUGGUUUCCUUCAGAGAGAUUCUCUGCUAUUUAUUAAUUGAUACUCGACGUUAUUUUUUUCAAUUUUUUUUUUUCAUUCGAGAAUUUCAAGUUGUGUUUUAACUUUUGAAAAGGUUUUCAAUUAUUUGCAUUGCUGCAAAGCUGUAAAUUUUGUGUAUUUAUAAAACGUGCAUGAAAAUGGACGGUGCGAGUGACUUACUUUUGGUUGAGUCUGAGAGCGAUUGAAAUAAGUUCUUUUUAAAAUAUUGGCAAUUUCAGAUUUGUUUCUGAUGUGCAAGUUAUGAACCAUUUUAUCUUGUGAUUAUUAGGGACCAUUUUUUUUUUUGGGACCAAUUGUGAAAUAGUUUACAAAGUGAUUGUGCAAUUUAUUGAAGUUUUAAUGCAUUUAUGAUUUUUAUUAAAAGUUCUGUUUUUGUUGGGUAUUCCUUUCUCUACAUACCUUUAUUUAUGAAAUAUGAAUGUAUUUUCAUGAUAAUAAAAGUAUUAAAAAGCA